ACAUUACACAAAAUUACAAAAAGUUUAAUAAUCCAAGUAUUGUAUUCAUUUAAAGUUAUUACAAAUUGUUUAAGUUUCUAAAAUGCAUGUAAGGGUUAGAUUUUUUGGAAAGCCUGAUACUAUAGUUGUGGUUGAUUCAAAAUUAACAAAAAUAGAAAAAUUUCGCAGUAUUAUAAAAGAUAAGUUUAACGUUGAACCAAAGUUGCAACGUUUGUUCUAUGGAGGAAAGCUGUUAGAAAAUGGAUACACUUUUCACGACUACAAUAUUAAGCUUAAUGAUGUGGUACAACUCAUGGUCACACAGACAACUGAUAAGUCAGAAAAGAAAGCAGACACAGAGGAAAAAAGUGAGAAUGAAAGUAAGAAGUCUGAUGACCAGGGAAUCAUUUAUAAAGAUGCUAAAAGCACCUUAUAUGCCGUCGGUGACCUGAUAGACAUGAGGGAUCGUGAAGAAGGUGCAUGGUUUGAAGGCAAAAUCGUAAGAAUCGUCUUUGAGCCAAAUGCUCCUGAUAGUGUUAUAAAUUCAGAUAGCUUAUCUGAAGAUGAUUUAAUAAAGGAUGACAAGAGUAAUCUAGAGAAUCAGCCCCCAGAUGGUGAAAAAAGUAGCCCCAGAGCAAAGGGAAUAGAAAAGUAUUUUGUUAAGCAUGCAAAAGGAAAGAAAGUUAACAAGGAGAAAGAUUUGAAAAAUAGAGAAGAAUAUUUGUUGUUCAAAGUGCAAUUGGAGGAUGAUGAGGAGGAUUCAGAUUUAUAUUGCAAAUUAAAAGAAAUUAGGCCAAGGGCUAGGACAGUAAUUGAUAUAAAGGAUUUGAAGCCUGGACGAAAAGUGAUGAUCAACCACAAUACAAAUAAACCUUUAGAGAAGGGAGAUUGGUUUGAUUUUAAAGUGGACGAAGUAAGGAAACUACGGAAGAACUAUGAGCUCAUUGGUACAUUGUAUUUAGGGCAAGAGGCAAUACCACAAAAUGAUACCAAAGCAUGUGUUCAUGAUAAAAUAUUUGCUAUUGAGGAAGUUGUACCACUUGCAGAUAGAACUGAAGACUACAAGAAAAUGAUUGCUGAUCCUCCGGAAAAGAGAUCGAAGCCACUCAAUUGCUUGGAGUGCCGUGACGACGAAGACGCGACCUGCAAGCAGUGUGGUUGUUACAUAUGUGCUGGAAAAGAAUCUCCAGAGGAGAUAAUCCUCUGUGAUGAGUGCAAUUACGGUUUUCAUAUGAAGUGCCUUGACCCUCCUCUGACAAAGCUGCCGGAAGAGGACUGGUACUGUCCCUCCUGUAAGAGGGAUACCAAUGAAGUUAUAGCUCCGGGAGCGGCCAAACAGACAAAGAAAACAAAUACUUCGAAGACUAAUAGGGACUGGGGUAGAGGGAUGGCUUGCGUUGGUAAAACAAAAACGUGUGCCAUGCCACCAAACCAUUUUGGGCCCAUUCCUGGGAUUGAGGUUGGGAUGUGUUGGAGAUUUAGGAUUCAGCUGUCAGAAUCAGGAGUGCACCGGCCUCCAGUGUCAGGAAUACAUGGACGCGAUGUGGAGGGCGCUUAUAGUAUAGUAUUAUCAGGUGGUUAUGAAGACGACUACGAUAACGGUUACGAGUUCACGUACACGGGCAGUGGCGGCAGAGAUUUGUCGGGGAACAAACGGACAGCGGAGCAAUCCUGCGACCAGACGCUUACUAGAGAGAAUAAAGCAUUAGCACGGAAUUGCUUCGUCAAAGAUAUAAGCGAGAAAGGCGGAGACGCGGGCGAAGCGUGGCGUCAAGGCAAGCCGGUACGCGUUGUGCGUUCCUACAAAAUGAUCAAGCACUUCCCCAAGUAUGCGCCCAAGGAAGGGAUACGCUACGACGGUAUCUAUAAAGUGGUGAAGUACUAUCCAGAGAAAGGACUCUCUGGUUACCGAGUGUGGAAGUAUCUGUUGAGACGAGAUGAUCCCAGCCCUGCACCGUGGGAGGCUGAUGCUAAACAGUAUCCCAUUAUUUAUCCAGAUGGGUAUCUAGAAGCGGAGGCAGAGAAAAAAGCCCUGAAAGAGAAGGCAGGCAAAGGGAAGAAUAAAAAUAAAAAGAGAGCCUUAAAGGAAAAGAACGAAUCGUCUACAGAUUCUGAACGCUCACCGCCCGUGAAGAAACGCAAGACCAAGGGAGCUAAUGAACUCACCAAAACUGAAAGUCCAAAAGUGCUCAAAUCUGGUGAACUGAGCAGUGAAGAGAAACAAGCAAUAAACGCUGACACAAUGAAUGCUAAGUUGUGGGCUGAAUGUGUUGAUGUGUGCGAGAAACAGGGCAAAAAGGAAUUUAUCGAGCAUGUAACUCAAGUAUUCCUAUGCAUCAUUUGCCAAGAGGUAGCCGUUACGCCGGUCACCACGCCAUGCUUGCAUAACUUUUGUAUGGGCUGUUUAAAACUGGCGUUCAAGUCUACAGAAUCACAAGUGUGUCCGUGUUGUAGACAAAACCUGUCUAAAAUGGAAUUGACUCCAAACGACAACCUCAAAACUGCGCUCAGGUCGAUCUUAUCUGGUUACGACGCUGGGAAGAAAUAAUAAAACAACUUCAAAAUCAUGGAUUAACUGAAGAAAAUUACUUUUUUAUUACCGAGAAAUAACACUAAAUAUUAUUAAAAAUAGUGGCAGAAGUGAAGGGUACUCUGUUGUGUAUUUUUUAAGAAAUUUGUCAUUUAGUGACUACUUGUUUAUAAGUUGUAAUAGUUAUAUUGUUCAUUGGUGUUUAUUGAACCUUAACUUAACUAGCCUUUUAUGGAACUUUUCAAUUAACAGAUUGUAUAACAAUAAAUUAAAUUUAGAAAAACAGUGUCAUAUAUCACAUUUAUACCAUUUACUUAUGUUAAGAUAAAGUUACCUAAGCAGUAAAUUUGAGUUCGGCCAUAUUGAAGGACAUAGUAAAUUAAAUAAAUGCAUAGUUUGAUAUAUCUCGUGGGAGGUUUCGCAUGAUAUUUGCAAGUCAAGCCAAAUGUCACUACAUCCCACAGAGAGGAUAGGAAAAUCUUCUCGAAGUCUCACGUAAUUAAUAGAAGAACUCACUAAUACCUACACAUAAUUAAAAAAAAAACUCGUUUCUUUAAUUAGUUACUGCUCACUGCUAAACUGGAAGUAUAAAAGUACUAAAUAACAAUAAAAUUUAGUGACAAUAUGCCGUUUUACAACUAAUCAAGAUAGGUCCGAAAGUCAACUUCAAAUGAAAUUAAAAAUGGAGUUAAUGUCUAAUUUCUAUUAUUAUUUAGCCACAUUUGUAUUAAUUUAUUACUCUGAUUAUGUUACCUCAUUGUUAUGAUGUUAUAAUUAUUAUGAAAUUUGUUAUAACUUGCUAAAUCUUGUUAAAAGGCUAUAGAAGGGAUGGAAAGGAAUCCCGAAUUUCCUCUAUAAAUAUUAUGUACCGAUAGCAUUUAGUAAUUUUAUAAGAUAACAUGUCUUAGUUGACACUUUGUUUGUAGUACAAAUUACGAUAAUUAUAAUUUUAGUUUUAAGUGAUUAAUAAAAAACAGU